CGCACUGGAUCAUUACUCUGGUUCCAUGAUUGCGCUUUGCUGAUUAAAUUUUAGCUUUAGCUUCCUUUUUACACAAUCACAAGAGAAGACUAUCAAAGACUAGCUAGAUCUACUGAACCACUGAUCGCUCUCUCUUUCGUCCAAUCGAUAUAUACAGAAGAAGUUUCAGAGAGAGAGCUGUGCUUUAAUGGCCAGUGGAGGAGGAUAUGGUGAUCCGAGCCAGAAGAUUGAUUAUGUGUUCAAGGUUGUGUUGAUAGGAGACUCAGCAGUCGGGAAAUCGCAAAUACUAGCUCGAUUUGCCAGGAACGAGUUCAGUUUGGACUCAAAGGCUACAAUCGGCGUCGAGUUUCAGACUCGAACUUUGGUUAUUCAACACAAGAGCGUCAAGGCCCAGAUCUGGGAUACUGCUGGACAAGAACGCUAUAGGGCGGUCACAAGCGCAUACUAUAGGGGUGCUGUUGGAGCAAUGUUGGUAUAUGAUAUAACAAAGCGUCAGACCUUUGAUCACAUACCUCGUUGGCUGGAAGAGCUGCGAAGCCAUGCUGACAAGAAUAUAGUUAUCAUUUUGAUUGGUAACAAAUGUGAUCUUGAGAGCCAGCGAGUGGUUCCUACCGAGGAUGCUAAGGAAUUUGCCCAGAAGGAAGGACUAUUCUUCUUAGAGACUUCUGCAUUGGAAUCUACUAAUGUUGAGAAUUCCUUCUUGACUGUGUUGACGGAGAUCUUUAACAUUGUAAACAAGAAGACAUUGACUGCUGGUGAAAACCAAACAAACGGAAACCCUGCAUUGUUGUCGGGCAAGAAAAUUGUCAUUCCAGGGCCCGGACAAGAAAUUCCCGCAAAAAGCAAGUGUUGUAGCUCAUUAUAAUUUGUUCAGACAUGGAUUUCAAAAUAUGUGGUUUUCUGUUCUAUGCUCCUAAUAGCAAUUUUGAAAGUUGUGAUGUGUUUUGUUAUAAAUUUUUCAUUGCAUCAGUUUAGUUUGCAUGUUUUAAGUGGAGAUGAGUUUCAGGUUAUGAUUCUACUUGGAUAUUCUCAAAUAUGAAUUUCUCAAUCUAAUUUGAUGACUGUUUAUGACC